AUGAAGACUGGGAAUGCGUCCAUCAGGGAUCGGACGCAGGAGUUUCUGGGGAUAGCGGAGAGGUUGAAGAAGCCGUUCGCCGCACAUAAUGGGCCGAGCAGCAGCGGAUCGAAGCGGGAGGAGCCGCCGCGGUCGGCAGCGGCGCUGCAGUCGGAGUUCAAUCGGAGGGCGUCGAGGAUUGGGUUCGAGAUCCACCAGACGUCUCAGAAGCUAGCUAAGCUGGCUAAAUUGGCAAAGAGGACAUCGGUUUUUGAUGACCCCACCAUGGAAAUCCAGGAGCUAACUGCAGUUAUUAAGCAGGAUAUAACAGCCCUUAGUUCUGCGGUGGUCGAUCUCCAGCUUCUCAGCAGCUCACGCAAUGAAAGUGGGCAGAUGUCCACUGACACCACCUCUCAUUCCACAACCGUUGUUGAUGAUUUGAAAAAUCGACUGAUGAGCACGACAAAAGAGUUCAAGCAUGUCCUGACCAUGCGAACUGAGAAUUUGAAGGUCCAUGAAAACAGGCGACAGUUGUUCUCUUCCUCAGCUUCAAAGAAUCCAACGAAUCCUUUCAUUCGUCAGCGUCCUUUGGCGACAAUGUCCGCUGCCGGAACAUCAUCAGCACCUCCUCUUCCGUGGGGGAACAGUAGAGAUACUUCAUCCCCAAUGCUCCCCAAGAAUCAAGUGGAUGGGGGGAAUCUCAGCCAUUACUACAUCAGCAACGAAACCAACAACAACAGCAAGUGGUUCCGUUACAAGACAGUUACAUGCAGAGCAGAGCCGAGGCUCUUCAGAACGUGGAGUCAACUAUUCAUGAGCUGA